ACCACGAAUAGUAUAGGUACGUAGAUAACAUCGAUAGCCGAUAAAGAACCCGAUUGAAACAAUAUAUUACAUGAUAUGUGGAAUAUUUUCAUCGAAAUUCAGUCUCAUUCUAACCAUGGGGUGCAUUAAUAGUGUGAGCUGUUGUUUCAUACCAUGUUGUGAUUGUACUGAUGGUGGCCAAGUAAAUGUCGUAGACGGCGUGGACUUUGGGGGAGGGGGUGGGGUGCAUGUAGUCGAUGGGAUGGACUACGGUGGGGGCGGCGGGGUGCAUGUAGUCGACUACGGUGGGGGCGGCGGGGUGAACAUAGUCGAUGGAGUCGAUUAUGGCGGUGGGGGCGGGGUGAACAUAGUCGAUGGAGUCGAUUAUGGCGGUGGGGGCGGGGUCAACUUUGUGGACAACCAAGGGGGCGGUGGGGUCAAUGUGGUUGAUGGUCGGUGGUAGACAGAAGAUUAACUGUAGAAAAUUGUAUAUAGAUAGGGUUAAGGUUAUAUACGGUAGCUGAUUAACAGUGCUAAGUUAUGUGCUAAGAUUAAUGGAAGCAGUGCCGGCGUGAGGGCCACUGAUACCCCGGGCGAAAAUAUUGUGGCGCCCACUUGAGGGAACCAAUAUCAAGUGUUAGUUUUUUGCUGAUCCCAAGUAAAAUUAUAUUAAGAAUUUCAUCUUUCCUUUAGCGUUACCCAGAGCUAACGACGGAGACGUAGAAAGUUUUAUUCUCAAUAAAAAAUAGAGAGAUUCCAACUUCAGACAUUGGCACCCCCCAGAAUUUGUCGCAUUGGGCUAUCGCCCCAUCCCCCCAUAACGCCGGCACUGAGUGGAAGCCAAACGCAUCUACAGCAACGUAGCAUAGCACAUUUCUGGUGGAAAAGCUGUUUUAAAACAUCAUGCGACGAUCAAUGAGCCGAUCAACGGGUAAAACUGUGUAGAAGUAAUUAAUUAUUAUUAGAUAAUAAUAGUAAAUAUAAGUACAAAUACUAUUUAAUAAGUAUUUUAAUCUAUCUUUUGCAUUGAGUUAAAACUGUAGAGUCGCAUCACCCAUAUAAAACUGUAUCAUUAUUUAAUUGACCCCAGACGUCUAAU